UAUCAGCACUGCAAAAUGGAAAAUUGCCAAAAACUGAAGUCCUAAAAAAGCCCAAGACACUUCCUAAUGUCAACCUCUAUUUGGAUAACCAUAGGACGUUGUAGAGGAAAUAACUACUUCGUGCUAAUAGGUAAAACAAAAUAACAGAAUGAUACAAUAACAACGUAAAAAACAUGAAAGAAUCCAACAGUGAAUGUCAAAACAAGGUCACUUUUCCCCAAAAAAUGUCGGCCAUCUUGAAAUUUCUAAAUUUUGUUCUUCAGUAAAAACGUUUUCGUUUGAAACUAACAAGCAAACGAUCAUUGGACAACUCUUUAAAUCACAAAAUAAUUUAAUAGGAUCGAAUUAAAUCAGAAAACAGCAUGAAAUAUAACACAAUACUUACAUAAUUUAGAAGGAAACAGUGGCUGAGAUGCAACUCACGUCGAGAAUGAAAAAGUGGUGCACGGGAGUUACAAUUUUAGAACACGGCGUCCGACCUUGAGAUCACAUCUCAUAAUUGCGCAAAUCAAAGGGGCUGAUAACUUCACGUACAUGUAUAUCUGCUAAAUUUUGAGACAUCUUAUUGUCAUAAAACUAAUCAUAAAUAGAUAUCAGAAGUAAUUUGAUCAAUGACACACGUAUAUACAAAAUAGCAACGUAAUUUAUUGAAAGGUGUUUGUGCGCAAAUGUUCAAUAGUGGUAAAUUUUUUUCUCGCGUAAAACAAAACACGACUUCACAAAAUCGUAAAGCAGUCGUGUUGCAUAAACAGAAAAAAAUUUCCAGAAAAUUUCUAUCGCCUUGGUUUGAAUUACAAAAAGUAAGUGAAGACAUCAAUGGAAAGAGAUGCAAUUGAUAUGAUGUCUGCAUGAAAUAAAGAGGAGAAAUCUGACGAAAUAUCAGUAGUUUUCCAGGUAUUCACAUCGACCUACAGUAUUUUUACUUUGUGCCCGGCGAUCGUGUUUGUCUGAUUCAGUGAUUGUGUCUGCCACAGUGUCAGGAUGGAUGAACAGAAAAAUCACGCUAUCAAACCAAGGAUAAGGACAGUUAGUGGACAUGUUGAUGGAGCAAUAGUUUCAUUCCACGAUAUUCAAUAUACAGUAAAUGUACGUGCAGGACCAUGUUGCUGUGGAAAGGUUACAGAGAAAAAGAUUUUACAGAAUAUCAAUGGUUUGUUCAAACCAGGAAUGAAUGCUAUUCUGGGUCCAACUGGGAGUGGAAAAACCUCGCUAUUAGAUGUGCUAGCUGCAAGGAAGGAUCCAAAUGGGCUCCAGGGGACUGUAUUGGUCAAUGGCCAGCUACAGCCCAGCAACUUCAAGUUAAUGUCUGGCUAUGUUGUUCAGGAUGACGUUGUUAUGGGCACAUUGUCAGUUCGAGAAAAUUUCCACUUCUCUGCUGCCCUGAGACUACCAUCCUCUGUUUCAUACGAAGAGAGAAAGGAACGUGUCGAGGAAAUUAUAGUUGAGUUGGGACUCACUAAGUGUGCCGACACAAAGGUUGGUACAGAGUUUAUACGUGGGGUGUCAGGAGGUGAAAGGAAGCGUACAAAUAUUGGCAUGGAACUUAUCACAGCACCCAAUGUCUUGUUUUUGGAUGAACCAACAACUGGACUUGAUGCAAGCACUGCCAAUGCUGUCAUGAGCCUCCUCCAAAAGUUGAGUAGGAAAGGUCGUACAAUUAUAUUCUCCAUCCAUCAGCCUAGGUUCAGCAUCUUUAAGCAGUUUGACAACCUAGCUCUGCUCUCCCUUGGGGAAAUGGUGUACCAUGGACCAUCCAACGAAGCACUCGACUACUUUGAAUCAAUAGGUUACGAAUGUGAAGCACACAAUAAUCCCCCAGAUUUCUUUCUGGAUAUUAUCAAUGGAGAUUCUACUGCUGUAGCUGGUCAGGGGAUCAACCCUAUUGGUGAAACAGCCUUUGCUGAAGAGAUCACAGGGACAAACCUCACUACCAACUAUUAUAGUGACCAUAGCAACUAUGGUAGCCAUACCAACAAUGGCUACCAUCAUGAUAAAGCAGAAAUGGAAGCUCAUUUUAGAGCUAAAUUAGAUAUGACUGAUGAAGAGGCUAAUGUUGGAGUGGAAAAGACACUUAACCUAGCUGAAAAUCUAGCUCAACAGUUUGCAGAUUCUACCUGGAAUCAAAAGCUACAUGAGGAACUUGCUCCAAUCUAUAAGGAAUUCCAGUCCAUGAAUGUAGUAGGAACUGCUAUGGGACAAGGGGGAGAAUAUGCAACAGGCUUCCUGACUCAGCUUGGUAUAGUAUCAGUUAGAGCUUUGAAGAACAUAUGGAGAAAUCCACAGACAUCAAUUAUGCAGCUCUUUGUGAUGCUUUUCUUUGGCGUUAUUGUUGGAAUCAUUUAUUUCCAACUAGACUUGUCUCUCACAUCUGGCAUACAAAACAGAGUUGGUGCUUUCUUCUUCAUCGCAAUGAACAUGAUGUUUGGGAACUUGUCUGCAGUGGAGCUCUUCAUAAAGGAGAGGGCGAUAUUUGUCCAUGAAAGUGCCAGUGGGUUCUAUAGGGUGUCAGCAUAUUUCCUCGCUAAACUUCUCUGUGACAUCAUACCUAUGAGGCUCCUCCCAGUUAUAGGAUUCUCAGUGGUGACAUAUUGGAUGAUAGGAUUUGUCCCAGCUGCAGACAAAUUUUUCUUCUUCAUCCUUAAUUUGUUCUUGAUUACACUAUCUGCAUCGGGGUUAGCUUUCUUCUUGAGCUCCAGUGUCAGUGUGUUUGCCAUUGCUAACCUGCUCAUAGCCCUGUGCUUCGUCUUCAUGAUGGUGUUCAGUGGUCUCCUAGUCAACCUUACCUCAAUUGCUGAGUGGCUACAAUGGAUCAAGUACUUAAGCAUCAUUAGAUAUGGACUAUCUGCCUUGCAAAUCAAUGAGCUAAAGGACCUGACAUUCUGCAGCACCAAUGCUUUUAAUGUAACUCAGUGUUCCAAUGGCACAGACUAUCUGGAUUCUCAGGGUGUUGCGUAUAGUACACCAUGGGACCUCUGGGUUAAUGAGGUGGCCAUGGGAUCAAUGGCUGUCAUCUUUUUAAGUUUGACAUAUGUCCAGCUACGCCGCAUCAACAAAUUGAAGUAAAUAAAGAGAGACUUUAUGAAUGUACUGUACAUUCUGAAAUAAAGAUUUAGAAACAAGAAUUACUUCAAAUGAACAAACAGAACAAACAAACAUAGAGAUAAACAUGAGUCAACAUACUGAGGUGAAUAUCCAAGAAAUUGAGAUUCAUUGGUCAGUAGACUGAAGCAAAUAUCCAAGAAAGAGAAAUUCCUUGGUCAAUAGACUGAAGCAAAUAUUCAGGAAAGAGAAAUUUGUCUGUCAGUAGACUGAAGCAAAUAUCCAAUAAAGAGAUUCCUUGGUCAAUAGACUGAAGCAAAUAUCCGAUAAAGAGAGAUUCAUUGGUCAAUAGACUAAAAAAGAAAUUCAUUCAUAGACUGAAGCAAAUAUCCGAUAAAGA